AUGGCCGAAAUCAUCGCGAUCGUCGGUGCAACUGGCACACAAGGCGGUUCUAUAAUCUCCGCCCUCCAAAAAAAUCCAGCCUAUAAACUCCGUGCCAUAACUCGCAACCCCGACAGCGAAAAAGGCAAAGCUCUCCUGGCACAAGGAAUUGAAGUAGUUGCUGCUGACCUGAAUGAUGAGCCCAGUCUAGAGAAGGCUUUUUCGGGUGUGAGCAUAAUCUUCGCAGUUACAGACUUUUUCGAACCCUUUGCUAGAGUAGGCCCGAAGCGGGCCAUGGAUAUUGAGUAUCAACAGGGCAUCAACCUUGCCCUUGCUGCGUCUAAGAUCCCCACUCUGAGGCUGUAUAUCUGGAGCACACUUCCGAAUUCGACAAAACUCUCCGACGGUGCCGUCACCGUGCCGCAUUUCCAAGCCAAGGCGAGAGUUGAUGAUUACAUCAAGAGUGAGCUGAAAGAGACGCUAUUGGACAGGACAGUUUUUCUCUGGGUGACAUUCUACGUGUCGAAUCUAACCUAUGCGCCCUUUACUCCGUUCUAUGCUAAACCAACCGGAAGAUUCAUCACCGUAACCCCCGUCUCCACACAAACAAAAAUCGCGUCCCUUGGCUCCCUGUCCAACGUGGGAACUGCUGUUGAAGGUCUUCUAGAGAAAGAUGUCCAUGCAGUUUUUGCAAACAAAAGUAAUAAGGAGGCUCUCAGCGGAGGAGGAAAGUACAUCCACAUCACUACAGGCUUUUACACCGUAGAGGACUACUACUCUACCUGGGCGAAGGUAACGAGGAAGGAUAAUGCUGUGCCCAAAAUACUGUCCGUUUCCUUUGAGGACUAUGAGGCGCUAUUCGCGGAGUGGGGGACGGAGAUGGGGAUUAUGAUGAAGUUUUGGGAAUUUACUGGGGCAGAGAAGAGCUGGCAGACUACUGGGCCUGGAGAUGUGCUCGUUGACGCCCAGGAGCUAUUAGGAGCCUCUAGAGCUCUGAUUCAGACUCCGGAAGCCUUUGCCCAGUUUGACUGGAAGGAUAUCUGA